GUUCCGGGUCAGCGAGACGCCCCCGCUCACCAGCCAUUUCACUGAGGCGCUGGAGAACCUCCCGGAGAAGUACGACAGCAAAUCCAAGGUGGAGUACCAGCAACUCAUCAGCAACUACGGCACCCACUACGUGUCCCAGGUGCAGCUGGGGGGCCGGGCGCGGGACGUGACAGCCGUGCGGGUCUGCGAAGCGGCACUGAGCAGCUUGACAGCUGACGAGAUCAAGGAUUGUUUGAGUGGGGAGUCGUCUGUGAGUAUUGGAUCUGGCUCAGCUAAGGGUGGGUACAACCAGUGUGAGGAGGACAAGAAGAAGAGGAAGGUUCAGAGGAGCUUUCAUGAGACAUAUCGGGAGCGUCACGUGGAGGUGGAGGGAGGACACAGCACAACAGACAUCUUGUUCUCCGGACAAGACGCCAAAGUCUUCUCAGCUUGGAUGGAGAGCCUCAAAUCCAGCCCCGGCCUGGUGUCCUAUUCCCUGCAGCCCAUCCACAUGCUGGUAGAGCAGGACGACCCCAAGCAGGAGGAGCUGAAGCGGGCGGUGAGUAAGUACAUCCUUGAGAGGGCCCUGUGGAGGAAUUGCACCCAGAGCUGUCCCCCAGGGACCCAGCGCAGCGCCCACGAUCCCUGCUCCUGUGUCUGCCCGGGGGACACCGUGACCAACACCAUGUGCUGCUCACGGGAACGUGGGCUGGGGAAGCUGACGGUGAGUGUGCAGAAGGCCAGUGGUCUGUGGGGGGACUACUUUACUGCUACAGAUGGUUUCGUCAAGGUCAUCUUUGAGAGCAAGGAGCUGCGGACUGGCACCAUCUGGAACAACAACAAUCCCACCUGGAACGUCCACUUGGACUUUGGCACCGUCCGCCUCAACAGCGCCAGCAAGAUCCGCGUGCAGGUCUGGGACGAGGACAACAAGUGGGACGAUGACAAACUGGGAAACUGCGACAUCGAGCUGGAGUCUGGGGGGCCCCACCAGAAGGAUUGCUACAUGAACCACGGCCGCGUCUGGUUCCAGUACAGCCUGCGCUGUGGGCCCCACCUCGGGGGUCGGAGCUGCUUUGACUAUGUCUCUCAGCCACCCCGGAGGAGCACAGCCAAGGGGAAGGAGGCAAAGGCCAUCUGGUGAGCCCCUUAGCUAGGGGGUCGGAGAGGGUCCUGGGUGUGCUUUGAUCAAUUGCGCUCCCUGUCCGAGCAUUUCCUGGCUCCCACUCUGCAGACGCCUCUUGCUGUUGCUCCUGUCUGUGUCUGCUGUGCCUAUAAGAGUCUGUCUGUUCCUGUGAGCCCGUCAUCCUCACAACUCCGUCUGGGGAAAUAGCCGAGCAGAAAUCGUUUGUUCUGGAUCCAGCAGCCCACUGCAUCCAAUAACCAUCUACUGUAUCCAGCUAACCAACAAAUCUACUGCAUCCGACCAGUCCACCUGCUCCCCCAUCCAGCCAACUGCCAGCUAAGCAACCAACCAAUGGCUGUGUUUAAUUUAUCUGACUUAUUGAAACAACAAACCACCAACGGGAUACAGAGUCUCCAAUUUAUCCAUCCAACCAAACAGAUCAAAGAACAUAUCCUGCCUAUCCCCCAUAUCUCUCCGUCCAUCCAUUCAGCCAACCAAUGCCUGUAUCUAGUACAUCCAACAUGCAAAACCAACCAACCAAUGAAUGCAUCCAAACAACUGAUGAAUUUAGGUAGAGUAUACAACAUUCACAACAAACCAACCAAUGAAUUCUCCAGUGCAUGAAAACAACCAAUGAAUUUCUCUAGAGACGCUAAUCUGAAAUGCCAGCCUGCCAGCCAACUAAUGAAUGUGUUUUUUUUAAAUAAAAAUGUCCGGUCAGCUAAUCACCGAAAGCAUUGAGUGGCUCCAAUGUAACCAGCCAAUCAAGAGAUGUACUUAGCUUAUCCAGCCUACUUGCCAAAUGAAGUAUCCAAUGCAUCCGUCCAGCCAACUGACCACUGUGUGCAUCCUAUUCUAAGCCUACCACUGAGAGAGCAUGUGCAUUUUUCUCUGUUAUAUGGACCGCAUCCACAGUAUAGUUGGGCGCUAUCUGCAUGUCCGUCAGGAUGUCACAUGAGCCUCUGGAGUGUGUUGAUUGGUCCAAAAGCAACCCAUGGGCGGUGGAUUGAGAAGCACUGAUCUAAUACAUCCAGGGCAACUAACCAUCUAACUGAUGACCUAAGUAAUGUCUUAAUGCCAACCAAUUAAUCAACCGACAAGCUGUGCUACCCAUCCUCCGCCCCAUGUAUCCCCCCGCCCCCACCCAUUCUAUUUCUCUGUCUGGUAUAGCCUCUUGAAAGGUGCACAGCUCAGCCCUGUCUCACUGUGGCUUCAGUGAUUAACACUCUGAAGAAACCUGAACACUCUCCAGAAAUGGGCGUGAUUCUAAAUGCACAGCGGGUGGGCUGGAUUCCAGAGGGACCUUACGGGCUGGUCCCUAACUGUGUUUCUGUUGCUUUGCACAGUUAUCCAUCUCUCUUGGGUUAGUUAUGGGAUCGUGAAUUCACAGGCUGCACCGACCAUUCAGCUGGCUUUUCUCUGCUCAGUUGGCCAUCAGAAAUGAUGACAUUUCCCCUCAUAAUCAGUAGGAGUCAGAGUGAACACCCAGAACAACAUGGACUAUGAUUCUGGCUGUCAGCAGCGUUAAGGAGAUGGCACUGCAUUCGGAUCACAUCGGGAAGAGUGUAUUCCCCCUACAUGAAGGAUGAAAACAUAUUCUUCACUCACACCUACCUGUGUCUGCUGGACGUCUAGAUCAAUAGCUUCAUGGUGCACCUUAGUAAUGGAGGGAGACCGGUUAACUCUGAACCCUACUGACUACAAGUUAAAUAUCUCCAGUCUGGAAAACAGCCAUGCACUCUGCAGCUUCACUGCAAAACAAUUUGCUUCUGGGGGCAUUCCAGGUCUCUAGGUCUUUGGGAAUGUAUCUCCCUGCUUCAAUAAACAUUUCUGAAAGCAUAUUUCGAAGCUGGAAGCCUUUGUAAUUCUUCUAACCUCAGUGGGCUGCACCGCAUUGUAGCGUAGAAACGAGCGGGUGCAAUGCCGGCUUGGGAACA